GCUGUUCAGUUCUGCAAGAAAGGAAAGAGGAGGAAGAGACUGACUCAAAUCUCUGGAGGACCCCCUGCAGUCGGCUGUGGGGCAUAACACCACUUGAACAAAGAAAGGAGGGGGAAAUUGCACCACAUCAGUGAAGGUGACAACAAAUUUCUGGAACUAGACAGUGAUGAUGAUUGAACAAGAUUGAGAAUAUACUUAAUUUCAAUGAAUUGUACACUUUAAAAUGGUUAAAAUGGUACUGACUCUUCUCUAACCAGGAGACUCUUUGGUGCCGAGGAUAGCAUUUCAUGAGGACCCCUCCUUUGUGGCCAGGCUGGCAUUGGUGGUGAAUGAGGUCCCUGUAGGGAUCUGUAGAUAGCUGUUCACUUGGAAGUUAAUUAAAAAAGAAGCAAAACUAUUCAUUUGGAUCCAAGGUCUGUUUGUGGGUCAGCUGUUGCUCUUUAUCAACACUGAAAGCAAGGAAGAGGACAAAAUUGCACUGGAUCAGUGCAGGUUUAUCUCCAGUGGUGGCUGUGGUGGCCCCAAAUUGACAGAAGAUUUUCACAUUCAACAGGUCUGCAUUCAGAAACCAUCAUCCUCCAGCAGCCCAAGUAUUCCUCUACACUGUCUGUAUCAUCAACAGAGACUGUCUGCUUAGAAAGGGGACUGUGGGACUGCUAAACUGACAAUUGACUCUUGCCACCAAGUUCAUCUCUGACCCAAUAAGAAAGUAAAGACACUGACGUGGGACACACUGAGAACCAAGGCUAGGACUGGACAAGGCUGUAUAACUGCUGUUCAAGCAUGACUGGGACCAAGAAUAAGACUAAAGCCCAGGCCAAAACUGAAAAAAGAGCAAAUGUACAGGCUAAAGGUGGAGCAGAGAGGGAGGCUACUGGCAUAUCCAAACCUGUAGCCAAGACCCGGUCCAAAGCAAAAGUCAAGGCACGACCUAAAACAGAUGCAGUUGCAGAGACAAAAGCAGUAUCUAAAAAUAGGGUUGUUGCUGAGACUAAGGAAGGAGCCCUAUCAGAGCCUAAGGCUCCAGUGAAAGCCAUGGCAAAUAUCAGUCCCAAGGCUGAGAAUGAGGCUACCAGCUCCACAAGUAAAGAUAAUACUGGUGUUGAUACUUGGUUCUGGGCCGGGGAAGAGUCCAGUAUCAAUUCUUGGUUUUGGAAGGGAGAUGAAGCUAGUAAUCGUGCCAGUGCUAAAGAUGAAAAUAAAGCUCAUAUUGGUGGCCAAGUUCGUCCUGAGUUGGAGCCUACACCUGGGGUCAGCAGCAAGCCUAGGUCAGGGGCUGAGGAGGAAGAGGAAGAAAAUGUUAUUGGGAACUGGUUUUGGGAAGGAGAUGAUGCUAGUUUUGACCCUAAUCCUAAGCCUGUGAGCCGAAUAGUUAGGCCUCAGCCUGUUGAUGAAAUUAAUGAAAAAAAUAGACCCAAGGACUGGUCUGAGGUAACUAUCUGGCCCAAAGCCCCUGCUGUAACUCCAGCAGUGUUAGGAUUUAGAUCCCAGGUCCCAUCUGAGACAAAGCCCUCUUCAUAUAUUGUCCUGGCCUCAACAGAGGAAACUACUCAUUCUUCACCUGCUGCAGCAGCCUGCUCUUCUAGGAGCACUCGCUCAAAUUCACAGCCUAUGCCUGAGUACCCAUUUGGUUCUGACCCUUGCAUCCAGACUAUAGAUGAAAUUAGACGCCAAAUCAAGAUCAGAGAGGUGAAUGGGAUUAAGCCAUUUGCUUGCCCUUGCAAAAUGGAAUGUUACAUGGAUUCUGAGGAAUUUGAAAAGCUUAUUAGCAUACUUAGGUCAACUACUGAUCCUCUCAUUCAUAAAAUAGCACAGAUUGCAAUGGGUAUCCAUAAUGUUCAUCCAUUUGCCCAAGAAUUCAUUAAUGAAGUGGGUGUAGUGACACUUAUUGAAAGCUUGCUCAGUUUUCCUUCCCCUGAAAUAAGAAAAAAGACGGUAAUUACUCUGAAUCCUCCUUCUGGGGAUGAAAGACAACGCAAGGUGGAAUUACAUGUGAAGCAUAUGUGUAAGGAAACCAUGUCUUUCCCCUUGAAUUCACCUGGACAGCACUCUGGAUUAAAGAUACUAGGGCAGCUGACUACUGAUUAUAUUCAUCACUAUAUUGUUGCCAAUCACUUUUCAGAGCUUUUCCAUUUGCUAUCCCAGGGAAAUCGUAAAACUAGAAAUCUUGUCUUGAAAGUACUUUUGAAUAUGUCUGAAAAUCCAACAGCAGCCAGAGACAUGAUCAAUAUGAAGGCAUUGGCAGCAUUAAAACUCAUCUUUAACCAGAAAGAGGCAAAAGCCAACCUUGUUAGUGCUGUGGCCAUAUUUAUCAACAUAAAGGAGCAUAUAAGAAAGGGCUCAAUUGUAGUUGUUGAUCACUUGAGUUAUAAUACACUUACAGCCAUUUUCCGUGAGGUUAAAGGGAUCAUUGAAGCAAUGUAAAAUGAGCCAGAAAUGAAAGAGAACACUGAACAGUCUUCAAAUUCUGACAGACUGAACAUUCCCAAAGAGGCUUGCAUAAUGUUUUGGUUAUUAGAGUGUGCACAAUAUUCAUUGUAUUGUUAACAUAAUGUUAUCUGUGAUAGGCUCUAGCUUGGAGCUGUGUUUUGGUGCAUCAAAUGAAUAUUAAAUCUAGAGGUGAAAAUGUUUGUUGAUUUCUAUCUUGUCUAAGCAGGCAGAUUUUUAACAUUUUACUUAAUAAGAGUAAAUCAGUUUAUUAUACAUAAAGUAACUUGAACAUUAGUAUCUUACAUCCAUUUGUGGCUUCAAGUGGCAGAAAAGAAUAUUAUUGAGUUAUCUCUUAACAGUAAUAUGGCAUAUAUACACACAAAGAUAACCAAUAAUACAGUGUGUGUAUAUACACACACACACACACACUCAUUCCCAAAUGUGACUUCUCAAAACAUAGAGGCAGGUGUUGUUAUAACUGUUUAAUGUAAGAGAAAUGUCUAAUUUUCCCUUAUUCCAGCUAUACCAGACACUUACUGUACAAUAUAGAUAUGAACCAGCAUUUCAGAUGAAAUGUAAUAUAUUACAGUAAAUGACAAAACCCCUAGACAGUGAGGCUUAAGUAAAGGGAGUGAAAGGAAAGCCAUACAUUGAUAGCAUUCUCAGUACAUUCUUUCCCAAUGACAGAACAAUCCCGAGAAAGGAAGCCAAACCACUGAUCCUUCCCCAAACACAUCCUUUCCCAGUGACAGUACAAUAGGACCCUGAAGGGAAGGAGAUAAACACUGAAUGCUGAGCCCAGACCCUCAACUCUCCAAGAAGAACUACUGCCCAGUAAAAACAGAUUUUCAAAUUCUCACAAACCAGUUUCCUGAGUGCCCAAACUGAUAUGCUCACUAGACCACCCCUCAAAAUAAGCUAUAUAGGUCCAGUUCCUUUCUUUGUUCAGUGGCUCAUUUUCCACCAGGAAGGUGGGUCCACUGAUGCCAUUGCAUCCCUGUAUCCCUUGUUGCUGUGUGAAGCUUUUGUUCCUGAAUAAACAGCUGAGAUGAUUUGUGAAGUUUGCAUCCUUCCUGGUCUUUUUGUGCUAACAUAAUAUUUGUUCAUUUUUAAAAAUUUUCUUACUACAUUUAUAAUUCUUAAAUCAUUAGGCUGUUUCAUUUAUGUCAGAUACAUCUCACAGAAUAAAAGGGAGGUAUAAGUGGGGAGAAAACACUUGUUUAGUGCUUACUCUGUCAGACUCACAAUAAAAAAUUUCCCUCCUUUUACAGCGAUCCCAUGAACUAGAUACUUAUGUUAUUAUUAAAACUCAUUAUUCUGGUUUCCCCAGUGAAUGAGAAGAGUUAAAUACUUUUUCCUAGAUUCCCACAGUAGGCAGGUGUCAUUGCUCUUUCUUCCUACACCAGAACCCAUCUCUCCACACGACCUUACAGUCUUUGACUUUUUUAGGUAGUAGCUUUCAAAGUUCAGAGACUGGUUGUAGCUGUUUGAUUUUGCAGUGGAUUAUGUCACUUCCUUUUGUGGACAAAUGCACUUGUCAUUUUGCAUUUGGCUAUACCUGGCUGGAGGUUAAGAAGAAAGUCUGAGAUGAAUGCAUGUAUUUUACCUGGCAGCAUCUGGGAAAUAGUAGAUGUUCAAAACUUUGUUGAAUGAAUAAGAUGUAGGUGUGGAGUUACCAGAAAUUGAAAGUUCCUAUAUACCCUUUUUCUAUUAAUAUGUCCUCUUUUUAAAAAGAGCUGGGAUCAUUCUGAAUAUUUCACAUUCUGCAUUGGAAAAAGUAGUUGCUUUCUUUCUCUUUGAAAAAUCAUACCUUAAUUUUUUCAUUUAUGUUUUAUUCUCCUUUGUGUCAUAUGAAAGGACAGAUGCUGUGUCUUUUACUAGUAGGCAAGUCCAUUUUCUGCAUUUGUACUAGCUGAAACCGAGAGUAAAUUUAACUGCAGAAAUUUAGAUCCAGAACUGCAGCUUCAAUAAUACAUAAUAGGAAAACAGAGUGGCACUACUGUCUCAACAUACAAGACAGUGAUUCCUGGAAGUCCACAUGGUCUUAAAAGCAUCUCAGGACUUGGGUCUAUGGUUGAAUUCUCUAAGACUCGUGGUAAUAAUUACAGACCCUGGUCUGAGCUUUAGAGAAAAUUUUUAUGUAUGAAACCAUAAAAUGAUUUGAGAUUUUUGGGCCGUUAAGAAACUCAAGAUCAUACUAUAAAUAUCAUUUGUAACUUGUUUCCUCACAACUAACUAUAUCAUAUAUAGUUAUAUAUAUUUUCAU